AUGCAAACCGUCACAAUUACAACGUUAGAAUCUUCUUUUUCAUCAGAAUUAUAUCAAGAAUUAUUUGAUUAUUUUGAUAUUCAUGAAAUAUGUCAAACAUUUUAUGAUUUAAAUUUUCAUCUAAAUGAAAUUAUACGUCAAUCAUAUAUUCAUUUGAAUUUAUCAUCAAAAUAUAAUGAACAACAUAUUUUACCAAAAAUUUAUUUACCUAGUAUUCGAUCAUUAAAAUUAUCCAAUAGUCAUACAAAUAAUCAAAUUAUAUCUGUUUUAUCACAAUAUUCUUUAGAAAAUUUUAUUAAUUUAUAUUCAUUAACAUUAAAUGAUUUACAAGUAAAUGAUAUUAAAUAUACAAUUGAUAAAUUACAAUGUUUAAAACGUUUAUCAACAUUAACUAUUGGUUUUCAUCGAUCAAUAUAUAAUGGUAUUGUUAAGCAUAUAUUAAAAAUUAUAUUUAGUGAUUCAUUAUUAUAUACAUUAAAAUAUUUAAAAUUCUAUAAUUGUCGAUGGAUAAUACAUUCUAUUGUAAGUACAAAAACACCAUCAAAUAUUCAACAUUUAAAUAUUUCCUUAAUUCAUAAAACGGAUUUUAUUCAUCUCAUACCAUUGUUACCUCAUUUAAGAUCCAUUACAAUUGGUUUAUGGAAUAAUCAAUCAUCAAUAAUAGCGACAAAAAUGAUAUUACCAAUAAUGACAGAUUUAGUUGAAUUAAAUUUAUUUAAUUGUUCUGGUCUAUCAUUUGAACAUACAAAAUCAUUUUUUUUACUUAAAUUACCAAAUUUAAAAAAAAUUUCAUUGAAAGUUUAUGAUUUAUCAUAUGCUAAUGGUAAAGAAUGGGAACAAUUAUUUAUAAAUGAUUUACCAAAAGUAAAUAGUUUUUACUUAAGUGUUAGACUUGAGUCUCAAUAUAUAAAUAAAAAUGAUUUGUUAUCAACGUUCCAAACAAAUUAUUGGAUUAAAUAUCAUGUGGAAAUUCAAAAUUAUUCAGAAGCGUUUUCUAAUAGUACACAACUAAUUGUUAAAUUAAGAACAGUAUAG